GUAGCUUGUUGAUCAGGCCUUCGGAAAUAGACUGGCGUCCGUACGCUGUAGAUCCCAGGGCUUGGCCGCUCAGCGCUCAGUACUCAGUUGUCAUCGCCGCCAGAUGUGGUUGACGUAAGUACGGCGGAACUCCGCCGUUGGUCGCAUAUAAACAGGCGGAACCGAGGUCGUCUGUCCCCGCAUUUCCUCCCUGACGAUGCCUGCCAGACACGCCCUGUCUAUCCCGGAGAUCCUCCUGCACGUCUCUGAACAGCUGCAGCCUGACACCGAGUUCUGGGAGGAGCGGGAACGUGGACAUCCGGAGAGCCGUGCCGCCGCCCUCGCCUGCUCCGCACGUGUCUGCGAAGGCUUUCGCGAGCCCGCACUGCGUGUACUGUGGAGAGACAUACCGAGCAUCGAGGUGUUGGUCGAGCUCGUGCGCCCCUCCGCGGAGGGGGCCCCUGUCUGGGUAAGUACCGUCUCUUCAACUGAACUACUACGUCAUGAACUGGAUGUCCAGGUCUUAGUCCGCAGCAUGCGAGCAGAAGAAUGGACGCGCUUCCAAUACCAUGCACGUUUCGUCCGGUGCUGUCGCUUCCCGACCCGAGAACGCAGCGAUAAGUCCCAGAACCCUGUAAACACUAUGCUCUGUCAACAACUCUCCAUUCAGAACUCUGGGCAGCCUCUGCUUCCGAACCUUAGGAGCUCGAGUGGUCGCAGGACCAACCCGUCGGCACAUCGCUGUUCUUCCUGCUCACGCCGUCUCUUCGCCGGCUCACCAUCUACAUGCGCGACGACCCCUAUGCACGACGAUCCGAGUCUUUCGAUCGGUCCAUCCAUGCCCAGCAGAUGUUUCUGAAUUGUGUCUUCAUUGUGUGCCCUCGCUUGGGGCGCCUCUGUCUAGCGGGGUUCUGGUACUCUACAGACGUCUUUCCUGAGAUCUCAUGGCACGACUCACCAUCGCCAGUCCAACGUUCGUUGGAUGUCAUGAAAUUUGGAUCACUCAGCAUGCAACUG